CAUUAAUAUAAAAAAGUGCGUAGUUAGAAAUACUUAAAUUAAAAUAUCUAAUAUGUAGACUAAUGAGAGACCGAAUGAAUUCUCCUCUUUACUCAAGAUAAAGUUUCUUUUGGUGGUACGAUCUUUUUUUCAAGAUUUAUGAAUACAUUAUUUGUGAAAUUUGCAAUUGUUUCGUGAAUCCCAGAUCAGCAUCCGCGACGGCAUUUUUUCUUUUUUUUCUCUCUAUUUGCCGGCACAUAGGAAGAGAAGGAUGAUCGUCGACCAGUUACGAGUAACGGGCACAUCGACCGCGUUCUACAACGAAGGCGAGAUCCGUGACUAAAAGUUGUGUGGGUUUUAUGAAAGAAAUCGAAGCAAGAGUCGCGAGCGAUCUCAUUCCUCUGAAAAAUCUCUGUCGUGUCGAGAGCAGCUUCGAGUUUGUUGGAUCUUGCAACUAAAAAUGUCGUUCCUGAUAGUUUUACUUGGAAUCGGUGCUCUGUUACAUUGCUGCUCACCCGGUGCAUCAGAAGAGCAUGAGAAAAUAGCAGGCGAUCAUUUAUCAGGGGCAGCUUUACCAUUGACGCCUUUGCCACAGAAUGAAGGUUCAAAGCAGUUCCAAGGCAAUUAUCCAUUCGCACCAGGAUACAGACCACAAAAGUGUCCUUUGUGCGACAGUUCGGUUUAUCCCUAUUGCGGAGAGAAAUUGUUGCACGAUGCUUGCUGUUGCACAGAGUCUCAUCACGAUUUACCUUAUCAAUGCAGAUUGGCAGACUGCCGAUUUCUGCACGCCAGUACCUGCAGGGAACACCGAUUGAUCGCCAAUUGCUGUUGCAGCGACGAUUAUCGCGCUAUCCUGAAAAGUCUCGCGCAAGGAUAAAUCCAUCGCACAUCACAAAUAUCAACAUUAUUAUUAACAAGAAUUAUGAGUAACAGUAAUUAGUAGCAGUAAAGUGUACAAUAAAAUUUACACUUGGUUUCAACUGUAGAAAUCUGCGCAACGAGUAAUUAGUAAUAAAAGUCAUAAAAAUAAAAUGCAACUGUGGAAAUAAUAAUCUGAGAAAAAUAUCUUCACCUAUUAGGACAGAAUAUCAGUUGCCACUGUUCCUUCAUACAGUUUAACCAGGUUAAUUAAUUUAUUUUUUUACUGUAAUCUGAGCAGUGCCAAUAACUUAAUUGUAUUCCUUUUUACAUUACUUGUUAAUUGUAUUCCUUUUUACAUUGAGUAGUAUCAUCUUGGGUUAAAAUUGCCCACGUCGGUGUUCAAUUUUUUAUUCAACUUGAUGCUAUAAGAAAUGGUAAACAGAGAUAUGAUAAAGUUACUUAUUAUUAUCUGCGUUAUUGUUUUAUGCCAUUAUAUUUAUGCAAUGCUUGAUGUGUGAAAAAAAUCUAUGCUGCUGAUUAAUAAAGACCUUAUUACUUGCA